AUGUCUUUCGUAGGAAGACAACGGUUUCUGUGCCUCCUCUGCCAAUCGAGGUCCUUUAGCACACGAUACCGCCGCCUCGCCGAAGAACCUACCAAAGCCGCCACCGCCGUUCCUGCAGAGAAACCGAAAAAGUUCAUACCCGCCUCGCCUCUGGAGGAUGCGCCGAGAUCAUAUGGCAAGCGGCUCGAAAAAUUCACACCGAAGCCGCUGAGCCGGCCGAUAGGCCUGCCUUACCCCCCGGAACCGGGCCAGAACACGGGCACCGACCUGCGCACAAUGAAGCAGCGCCGGGAUGACUUUGUCAACAUCAAUAAGCACUUGGAGAAGCGCGAGAUGCUGAAGAACAAAUUCUCCCGCCCCUACUUCCGCGACUGGGGCAACCUCAACUUCCAUAAGGGCAAGACCUUCAUCGCGCCCCCGCGGCCCUUCAAGGGCGACCUUUCGCUUUAUUUCCCCAACCUCUACGGCCAAACUCUAUUAAAAACAGACCGCACGCCCCGCGAUACGACCCCGACGCUUUUCGGCAAAGUAUCUGUCGUCAGCAUAUUCAGCAGCACCUGGGCUGAGAACCAGGCCAACACAUUUAUAUCACCCGAUCACAACCCGGGUCUGACAAAAGUCCUCGAGGAGAACCAGGACCGGUCCCAGCUGGUGCGUGUUAACAUUGAGGAGGAUGGCCUCAAGGCGAUGCUCAUCAAGCUGUUUAUUGGUGGGUUGAGGAAGAGGAUUGGGGAGGCGAAUUGGGAUAAGUACUUUAUUGUGAGGAGGGGUGCUUCGGAUGAGAUUCGGGAGGGGAUUGGGUUGUUGAAUGGCAGGGUUGGGUACACGUAUUUGCUUGACAGCCAGUGUAGGAUACGCUGGGCGGGAAGUGGGCUGAGUGAGGACCAUGAGCGAGAAGGUCUGGUUAAGGGGCUCGUUCGGCUGCUUAAUGAGGAGAAGAAGACUGCUGCCAAGGUAUGA